CCCGCUCGCUUCCUUACGGGAUACCAAAAAGAAAAAAAGUUGCAGCGGAGCGAGGGCUUUCGAAACAUGAGCGAGCUGGAAGGGGACUUUGCCAAGCUCUUGCUGCUGAAGGAUGAGCGGAUUAAAGAGCUGGAGAAGCGCUUGUCCGAGAAGGACGAGGAGAUCCAGGAGCUGAAGAGGAAGCUGCACAAGUGUCAGUCCGUGCUGCCCGCGCCCACCACCCACAUCGGACCCCGCACCACACGGGCGCAAGGCAUCUCCGCCGAGCCCCAGACCUAUCGCUCCUUCCACGAUCUCCGGCAGGCGUUUCGGAAAUUCACCAAAACCGAAAGGUCAAAGGAUCUAAUAAAGGAAGCUAUUCUUGACAAUGACUUCAUGAAGAAUCUAGAACUGUCACAGAUCCAGGAGAUUGUGGAUUGUAUGUAUCCAGUGGAAUAUGGCAAGGACAGUUGCAUUAUCAAAGAGGGAGAUGUCGGUUCACUGGUAUAUGUCAUGGAAGAUGGAAAGGUUGAAGUGACAAAGGAAGGUGUGAAACUGUGCACCAUGGGACCUGGCAAGGUAUUUGGGGAACUCGCUAUCCUUUACAACUGCACCCGGACAGCCACCGUCAAAACUCUCGUAAAUGUGAAACUUUGGGCUAUUGAUCGGCAAUGUUUUCAAACAAUAAUGAUGAGGACAGGCCUCAUCAAGCAUACAGAGUAUAUGGAAUUUUUAAAAAGCGUUCCUACAUUCCAGAGCCUUCCUGAAGAGAUACUCAGUAAGCUUGCUGAUGUCCUGGAAGAGACGCACUAUGAAAAUGGAGAGUACAUUAUCAGGCAAGGUGCUCGCGGGGACACUUUCUUCAUAAUCAGCAAAGGCAUGGUAAAUGUUACUCGUGAAGAUUCGCCUGGAGAAGAUUCAAUCUUCCUCCGUACUUUAGGAAAGGGAGAUUGGUUUGGAGAAAAAGCACUCCAGGGAGAAGAUGUUCGGACAGCCAAUGUUAUCGCUGCUGAAGCCGUAACAUGUCUCGUCAUCGACAGAGACUCUUUCAAACAUCUGAUUGGAGGCCUGGAUGAUGUUUCCAAUAAAGCAUAUGAGGAUGCCGAAGCAAAAGCAAAAUAUGAAGCCGAAGCUGCCUUUUUUGCCAACCUGAAACUAUCUGACUUCAACAUCAUUGACACACUUGGAGUUGGAGGUUUUGGAAGAGUUGAGCUGGUCCAGUUGAAAAGCGACGAAUCAAAAACGUUUGCAAUGAAGAUACUAAAGAAACGCCACAUAGUGGACACAAGACAGCAGGAGCACAUCCGCUCAGAGAAGCAGAUCAUGCAAGGGGCUCACUCAGAUUUUAUUGUGAGGCUAUACAGGACGUUCAAGGACAGCAAAUAUUUAUAUAUGUUGAUGGAAGCUUGUUUAGGCGGAGAGCUUUGGACAAUUCUCAGGGACAGAGGUUCAUUUGAAGAUUCUACAACCAGAUUUUAUACUGCAUGUGUGGUAGAAGCUUUUGCCUAUCUGCAUUCCAAAGGAAUCAUUUAUAGGGACCUCAAGCCAGAAAACCUCAUUUUAGAUCACCGAGGUUAUGCCAAACUGGUCGAUUUUGGCUUUGCAAAAAAAAUAGGAUUUGGAAAGAAAACAUGGACUUUUUGUGGAACUCCAGAAUAUGUAGCCCCAGAGAUCAUCCUGAACAAAGGUCACGACAUUUCAGCAGACUACUGGUCACUGGGAAUCUUAAUGUAUGAACUCUUGACUGGCAGUCCACCAUUCUCAGGCCCAGACCCCAUGAAAACUUAUAACAUCAUACUAAGGGGGAUUGACAUGAUUGAAUUUCCAAAGAAGAUUGCCAAAAAUGCUGCUAACCUAACUAAAAAACUAUGCAGGGACAACCCAUCAGAAAGACUAGGGAACUUAAAAAACGGUGUCAAGGAUAUUCAAAAGCACAAGUGGUUUGAAGGCUUUAACUGGGAAGGUUUAAGAAAAGGUACAUUGACACCUCCUAUAAUACCAAGUGUACCGACUGUUACCUUCUCCCCACUUCCCCAAGCAGUCAGAAGUUCCAGGGGCAGCGCUUCCGAGUUUAGUUUCCUUUGGAUGAGCGAGCACUGGAGACUUAAGGUUGCAUCUCCAACAGAUACAAGCAAUUUUGAUAGCUUCCCUGAGGACAACGAUGAACCACCACCUGAUGACAACUCAGGAUGGGACAUAGACUUUUAAUGUAUUUCUCUUACCUGCUUCUGCCUUGCUGAAGACAGCUUCCUGAGACAUGGCUGCCAGCAGACCUGAAGGAAUUGGGAAGGAUUAGUGCUCGGGGUCACCAUGAUGCCUUGAUUGAUGCUGCUACAGUAACUACAGUGGCAUUAGGACUUCUUGCUUAGAUGACAAUAGUGCUCUUCACAUGUUUUCUGUUUGAACUUAACAUAGCAGUUGACAUGGUGGUCCUGAAGCAAAGCCUUUUUAACCAGUAAAUAAAUGUGUUUUCUAUCACUGUAAUGAACUCGCUCCAGUCAUAAUUUGAAAGCUGAUAGAAUAAGAUGCACAUAAUUCUAGCUGCAAUAUCAUUGUAUUGCUAAUUCUGUUCUGAAAUGUUAAGUACUGUAGAAUCUACAGUGUAGGAUCUGGGGUAUUCCCAAAAAAGCAAAAGGAGUGUGUUCGGCCUCUUAAAGUGGGCCAACGUAUCAAACCAAUGAGGACCACAAAGCUAUUGGUCUUGGAGUUCAUGUCAAAGCAGUGCUAUAUAGGUUGUCUUUUCUUUUCGAGCAGUAUUCAUGACAAGAAUGAAUGUUACCCUUUUCCAUAUUUAAUUUCUGAUGUGCUUUCCCCCUCCCAAACUGAUAA